AUGAAGGGCCAGGAAUGCCCUGGUUCGUUCAAGGCAGCCGACCAGCCUCCGGCGGGUUCAUCUGCUUCCGCGCGACCGCCUCUUAUCGCUGCACCUGUCAUCAAACCUCAUGUUGCUACACGCGGUUCUUCUGCGUCGGUCUCGGAGAGUCCCUCCCAAGUGGAUUCUUUUCAUGUUUUUGACAGGCUGACGGUCGUUUUGAGGACUGCCCAUCUGUAUGAUCACGUUCCCAAACCGUGCAGAGACAAGGUAUCUAAAGCAUUGUCGGCUUUAUUGACGGCCGUUUGCGAUGAUCCCUGCGACGCGGCCCAUUGGUGCAGGCUCCAAUGUUUUUUCGCAUUUGUUUUGUUCAAGCCCACCAGGGGCGGUCGCAGGACUAAUCAAGCCAAUUACGUUAUUAAACGGUUGGCCGAAUUCAGUUCGACCGAGGUCGAGAUUAUUGUGGCAAGCUUCAACACUGACCACAACACCAAACCGCGUAAGCACAAUCCAAACAGUUGGAUUAGCGCAGUAACCACUCGGAUUGAACAGGGCAGUCUCUCGGCGGCCGUCAGACUUGCUUGUUCGCCCGCAGGCCUGGCGGAGAGCUCGCCUGAGACACUCGCUAAACUCAAAGCUAUUCAUCCCAGUGCUCCAUUGAACAGGCGAGCUUUCCCCGCGCAGGAGCCGUCCAAUGGUCGCGUUUCACCAGCCCAGGUGUUGACGGCUUUAAAGUCGUUUAAUAAUGGUUCAUCGGGAGGUCUUGAUGGCUUGAGGCCUCAGCACAUAAAGGAUUUACUUUCCGGUCUGACACCCACCGAUGAAUUGUUAAAUAACCUCACCCGAUUUGCCCUCGAACGUGUCUCUCUUCUCCCGGUCCACGACGCGCUGACAAUCAUCCGCGGCGCCCUCAGUUUGCUGAAAUUGAUGUAUUUUUUGCGCACAUCCAACUUUGUUAAUGCGGCCAUUUUGGGCAAAUUUGAGGGUGCUCUGCGGGUGGCCCUCUCAGCAAUUUGUAACGAACCGUCGGGCAUUGCGGCGCACGACGGUAAACGCCCUGACGGGUGUACCUUGAUCCCUUGGAGAGCCGGCAGGGCAUCUGACGAGAAGAUCAGAAAGUACGACGGAGCUCUCCCCUCGAUGGAGUUUUUACCGAUUUGUAUCGAGGUCCUCGGCCCCAUGGACCGUAAAAUUUGUAAAAAUAUCAGUAUUAGGUCAGGCGAUAGUAGAGAAUAUUUUUUUGCUAUGAAUAAUAUCUCGUACAUCCUGCAGCGGUUUUUGCGCGCCUGUGUGUUGGAAAAUGUGGAGUUGAAUGCCGACGGGCUCUCUGAGCUUAAAUUCGCCCUGGGUCGUGUUUCCUGUCUUUCGGCCCAUGAUGCCUUGACUAUUAUCCGCAAUGCCCUCAGUUCGCCCAAAUUGAUGUACUUCCUGCGUACAUCUAAACACAUUGACCCUUCUAAAUUGGGCGAAUUUGACGGAGCCCUGCGCACCGCCCUGUCGUCGAUUUGCAAUGUUCAAGAACCAUCCGGCAUUUCUGCGCAUGAUGGUAGACGCCCGGACGGAUGCACACUAAUACCUUGGAGAGCCGGCAGAUGUUUGGCGUGGGAUGUUACGGUCCUUGGCACCCUUGCCGAACGAUUUGUAAACCUGACAAGUAAAGAAUGCGGUUUGGCCGCGGCUGGGGCAGCGGACGAGAAAAUGAAAAAGUAUGGGAACGCCCUCCCCUCGAUGAAAUUCUUGCCAAUAUGCAUCGAGGUUCUCGGCCCGAUGGACCCCAAUACCCUUAAAUUUUUUAAGGCAAUAUGUAAAAUGAUCAGCGUCAGAUCAGGCGAUAGCAGGGAACUGUUUUUCGCAACUAACCAGAUUUCGUGCUUGUUGCAGCGGUUCCUGCGUGUCUGUGUGCUUGAAAAUAUCCAACUGAAUGCCGACAUGUGCAAUUAA